AUGGCCAAUAAAACACGUCCUAAAAAGGUGAAGGCCCCGUACCGCAAGUACGUUGGCGGCCAAGGGUUCGUACGCACGCUGGGCUUCACUGCUAACUCGGCUGACGAAGAACAGGUAAGAACUAGUGGUGAGAUCUUUCACACUCCGCAAGGCGCCUAUUACUACGAUGUGGGAACUGAUUCAGUAGUGCAUUUGGAGGUAAAUGUAAACGAUUCUACAUCCAGUGUACAGUCAGGUGGGUCAAACAAGAAUGACAGAGGUGUCGAUGCAGUUCUGCCAUUGGAAAUAUUCGAGCUUAUACUGAGUUUCUGUACGGUUAUCGAACCGCAGUUCCUCCGAGUGUGCCGAAGCUGGUACCGUAUUUCUGUUCCGCUUCUGUACGCUGCCCCAGAACUCCAUAGCCGCAAUUUUGGCCAGUUUGUGGAUACGGUGAUCAACAACCGCAAAAAACGGUUGGGAGUGUAUGUCAGGGACCUAGAUCUGUCCAAUAUCAUCCAAAGCGGUAAGAACUCAUACGUAUCGAAGCUUCUGCGGCGCUGUAGUCCGAUUUUAAGGAGUUUCACCGCCCCACAGACUAGCUUCGGAUAUGCCCCGCUGAUCAGUUUAAAGUCUUGUCAGCAACUACAAUAUUUGGAUCUGGGACUUGUUUCAGAGACUGUUCAGCUGAGCGAGCUAUUCAGUGCUAUCAAAAGGUUUGCACAUUUGACGCAUUUGUCGUUCCCCAGAAGCUCUAUCGACUGUUCCGGAUAUCGGGAAUUCGAAUGGCCACCUAAUUUGCGGUACCUCAGGCUCAGUGGCGGGAUUUCCAACGAGUUUGUGAGAGAAACCACUUUUCCACGGACCAUCAGGACGCUGGAAUUCUCAUUUUGCCCACAAAUAAAUGAACAUUCGGUGUAUACAGUCCUGGCAAGAAUUGGCGAUAUACUGAAGCACUUGUAUUUCCAUUAUCCGAUGCCAACUUUGCACGGCAGCUCGUUGGACUUUGUGUUUCGGUACUGUCCUAAUCUGAUAACGCUACAAAUGACUGUGGACUAUUGUUCGAAAUGGGCCUUUUCGGAAAACAUACUGACAUUUACUUCCACUCCUCGUCCUCUGCGCAAACUGCUACUUGAGUGUAGCGGGAAUCUGGGCCAGUCUUUCAAAGUUCACCCUGACGAUAUAACUAUAGCAUUGGCAGAAGAUCGACUGCCGAAUCUCAAAGUUGUGCGGGUUUCGUCCAAGCUUGGCUGGGAUAUGAAAAGCUCAGAUGUCAGCGAUUUGAUCUCCUACUUGGAGGAUCAAGAUGGCAGUUUGUACAUUAACUAUUAA